AUGCAAAAACCUCUUGGUUCUCCUAUUGAUAAAAAAUCAAUGAUGCAAAGAAACAAUAUGUCUUUAAGAAAUUUGGCAGAAAAAUCAAUAUUUGCCAAACAAUAACUCAGUAAGUAAAGAAGAUAAAUGAUCGUUUAGAAAAAGAAGUCAAUCCAUUAAUCUAUAAUAAUAAGAUGAGCCAUCUAUUCAUUAUUCCUAACCUAUAGAAACAAAGCGGGUAUCAUAGGCUAGUUUUCCUUUAAUUCAACAGGAUUCUAAUGAAUGUUUUUAAAAAGUUCUUGGAUCUAAACAAGGAUCGAAAGAUGGGAGUGGAGAAGAAGAUGAUAGAAUUGUUGCAAGUGAUAUAAAACCCUCUAAGAUUAGAAGAUAAUCUCGUUUAAAGGAUACUGAAUCACCAUAAUCUCUUAAAUUUUCACUGAUCAUAAGUCAAUAAAGCAGAUUAAAAUAAAGUUGGGAUGCAAUAAUUUUUAUAGUAUUAAUGUAUCAUAAUACGAUUUAUUAGAUAUGUUUGUAUAUUUACACCAUAUAAGAUGGCAUUUAUAGAUGAUGGAGAAUUUCUUGAAUGGGAUUAUUUCGAUAAUUCUAUUGAUUAUUUAUUUAUGGCUGAUAUAAUCUGUACAUUCUUAUGUUCUUAUUAUGAUGAAGAGAAUAAUAUAAUAAAAGAUCCUAAAUUAAUUGCUAUCAACUAUUUAAAAGGUUGGUUUACAGUAGAUUUAAUAGUAUAUUUAUGAUAAAUAAUAAUUAGUCUUGUUUUCCAUUUUAAUUCAUAUUUUAAGAUUAUAAUAAAUCAAGUAAUAUAGCAAGAUUAUCAAAAUUACCUAAAAUAUAUAGAGUUAUAAAAAUGGUUAAAAUAUUUAGAAUGAUUUAAUUGAAGGAUGUCUAAUAUAUAAAGGUGAUUAAUAUUAAUAUAGGAAGUGAAAGAUUUUUUUAUGCAUUUAUUUUAUUGAUAUUUAGUUGUCAUGUUACUGGAUGCAUUUGGUUUUUCAUAGCCUCUUUAUCUGAAGAUCCUGAUUGGGAAUAUAAUUUUAUAUCAGGAUAUGAUUAAUAUAUAUUAUCCUUAUAUUGGGCAGUAUAAACUAUAUUAACAGUUGGAUAUGGUGAUGUAAAAGUAUAUAAGUGGCCAUCAUUUUUAUUUGCAAUAUUUUGGAUGUUAGUAUCAGUAUAUAUAUUUUCUUUUGCUGUUGGUUCUUUAGCAUCAUUUUUAGAUAGAAUGGAUCAUGCAAAUUCUAUUUAUGUUCAUAGAGUUUCAACUUUGAAAAAUAUUAAGAAAGAAUUUCAUAUAUCAAAUGCUAUCUUUUAAAAAGUAAAAAAAGAAUUAAAAUCAGGUAAGAAAAAUUUAUUAUUGAAUUAUAAUACACUUUUAGAGGAUUUACCUCCUUAAUUAAGAGUUGAAUUAUCAUUUAUAAUGAAUAAAUAAUUAUAAGAGGAAAUUAAAUAUUUUCAAGAUAAAGCACCUACAUUUAUAGCAGCUAUAGGACCUGUUUUAACACCAUUAAAAGUAGGAGCUCAUGAAUAUUUAUUUAUGACUGGUGAUAAUGCAGAAGAAAUAUAUUUUGUUAAAAGUGGAAAGCUUGCUUUAGUGAUUCCAGAUAAUGAUAAUUUUAAAUUUUUAAUGAUAAAACCUGGAUCUUAUUUUGGUGAAAUAGAUAUAUUGUUUUAUGGAGAAAAAAGAAAAUAUACAAUUAUGACAACAAAAAAAUGUGAAUUUUAUGUACUAUCAAAAAAACAUUUUAAACUCAUAUAUUUAAAUUAAUUUAGAGAUGAAGGAUCUAAAAUGAUUAAGGAUGCUUAAAAAAGAAAAUAAAUGAUUAAAUUAGCAUAUGAAGAAGCUUUAUAAUUUAUUGAAGUUCAUGGUGAAAAACAUUUUAAAAGAAAUUAAUAACAUUCAUCUUAAACAAUUUAACUUAAACAUAUGAAUUCAGUUUCAAGUUCUAAAAGUCCAUAAGAAAGUAAUUAUUUAUAAUUAUAUUUUAAGUGUCAGUUUCAAAUUAAAAAUUCUAAUUAGAAAAAAUCAUUUAAGAAGAAAAUGAAGAUGAUGAUCAAGAGAGAGAAACUGAAGCUUUUAUGUCAUUAAUGGAUAGAUAAUAAUUUAGAAAAAAAAUUACUCAACUUGAAAAAUAAAUCUUAUUAAAAGAUUAAACUAUUUAAGCUAUAUAAUAAGAACUUGAUGAAUUAAUGACUGAAAUCUAAUUAAAAAAUUUGGAUGCCUUAUAAGAAAAAAUUAAAGUACCCAAAACAUUUGAAGAACAUUUAUAAUAAAGACGUUUUUUAAAAGCCAAUUAAAAACUUAAAGAAAAAUUGAACAAAAGAAAAAGUAGGAAAGUUUCAUUACGUUUCUCAUUUAAGUAAACAACUUCCCUAAGUGGGUCAGAAAAUAAUUGUCAUUCACUCUCUCCUUUAAAAUUAGAUUUUGAAUAAGAUUGA